GAGUUUUUACAUAAACAUGCUUAGUCACUCAUUUUCAUCACUGCAUUUGAUUCUCGAAACGCAUCCAAUCCCUCUCUCGAACCCUUAUAAUCCCCGAGAAAAUCAGAAAACAGCUACGGUAAGAUCAUGGGUUCAAUGGUAAUAACGGUGGCGCAGGACGGAAGUGCCGAUUUCGCGACGGUGCAGGAAGCAAUCGACGCCGUGCCGCUGGGCAACAAGUGCCGGACGAUUAUUCGAUUGACGCCGGGUGUUUACAAGCAACCGGUGUACGUGCCUAAGACCAAGAACUUCAUAACCCUCACCGGGUUGCGCCCGGAGGAGACAGUGUUAACGUGGAACAACACCGCCACCCGAAUCGACCACCAUCAGGCGUCUAGGGUAAUUGGAACUGGGACUUUUGGUUGCGGAAGUACGAUUGUGGAAGGAGAGGAUUUUAUUGCUGAGAACAUUACUUUCGAAAAUUCAGCUCCCGAGGGUUCGGGACAGGCCGUGGCUAUUAGAGCGACAGCAGACCGUUGUGCGUUCUAUAAUUGCAGGUUUCUUGGGUGGCAGGAUACCUUGUAUUUGCAUUAUGGGAAGCAAUAUUUGAGAGAUUGCUAUAUUGAAGGAAGUGUAGACUUCAUCUUUGGUAACAGCACUGCACUUUUGGAGCAUUGUCACAUCCACUGCAAAUCCGCUGGAUUUAUAACUGCACAAAGUAGAAAAUCUUCUCAAGAGACCACUGGCUAUGUAUUCUUAAGAUGUGUAAUUACUGGUAAUGGAGGGUCACAAUACACACAUCUUGGACGGCCAUGGGGACCUUUUGGGAGGGUGGUUUUUGCUUACACAUAUAUGGAUGCUUGCAUUAAGAAUGUUGGUUGGAAUAAUUGGGGAAAGACUGAGAACGAAAGAUGUGCUUGCUUUUACGAGUACAAGUGUUUUGGUCCCGGCAGUUGCCCCUCAAAACGGGUGACAUGGGCCAGAGAACUGAUAGAUGAAGAAGCAGAACAGUUUGUUGCACAUGGUUUCAUUGACCCAGAUCCACAACGGUCAUGGCUGGCCCAGAGAAUGGCUGCUAGGAUACCAUAUUCAGCUUAGGAAUCACUCUACCAGAAAACAACUGAACUCAGUAAAGUUUAUUGGGGAAGAUAAGGAGGCACUGUGCACAUAUUUCCAGCCCGUAACUGAAAAUUUGAGUUUCUAAGCAUCUUGUGAUGUAAUAAUGCUUGUUCUUUACAUUCAUAGUACUUGUGGUAUGCGAUAAUACGAGUUUUAUAUUUGGAAUUUUAAUUUAUAAGCUUCUACCGUUUCAGCAAAAACCUUCGUUUUUGGUUAGUAUGGGCAUUGAACAUGAUAUAUGUAGUGAAUCAAAGAAUAAAUUUUGUUCUUGAGCAUU